AGAGGCGCGCGGACGGCGGGGGCGCAGAGCGGCGCGGGACCCGCGGCCGGCGCGAGGACACCCCGCAGUGACUCGGGACUUUGCCGGAGCUAGCGCCAGACCAGGGGGCCCGCCCCGCCCGUCUCUCGGCCGGGCCCGGACGGCUGGCGUGGGGCGCCCAUGCGGUGCCGCGCGGAGCGGUGAGGGCGCGCGCGGGCGGGCGGGGCCGCAGCCGGCACCAUGUCCAUGCUGCCCACCUUUGGCUUCACGCAGGAGCAAGUGGCGUGCGUGUGCGAGGUGCUGCAGCAGGGCGGCAACAUCGAGCGGUUGGGCCGCUUCCUGUGGUCGCUGCCCGCCUGCGAACACCUCCACAAGAAUGAAAGCGUGCUCAAGGCCAAGGCCGUGGUGGCCUUCCACCGCGGCAACUUCCGCGAGCUCUACAAGAUCUUGGAGAGCCACCAGUUCUCCCCACACAAUCACGCCAAGCUCCAGCAGCUGUGGCUCAAGGCGCACUACAUCGAGGCGGAGAAGCUGCGCGGGCGGCCCCUGGGCGCUGUGGGCAAGUACCGCGUGCGCCGAAAGUUCCCGCUGCCGCGCUCCAUCUGGGACGGGGAGGAGACGAGCUAUUGCUUCAAGGAAAAGAGUCGCAGCGUGCUGCGCGAAUGGUAUGCGCACAACCCCUACCCGUCACCCCGGGAGAAGCGAGAGCUGGCGGAGGCCACAGGCCUCACCACCACGCAAGUCAGCAACUGGUUCAAGAACCGGAGGCAGCGUGAUCGGGCGGCCGAGGCCAAGGAAAGGUACGAGGAGAACAGUGAGAACUCCAAUUCCAACAGCCAUAACCCUCUGGCUUCCUCGCUCAACGGCAGCGGCAAGUCGGUGCUAGGCAGCUCGGAGGACGAGAAGACGCCCUCAGGGACGCCAGACCACUCAUCGUCUAGCCCGGCGCUGCUGCUCAGUCCGCCGCCGCCCCCCGGGCUACCGUCCUUGCACAGCCUGGGCCACCCUCCUGGCCCCAGCGCGGUGCCGGUGCCCGUGCCCGGCGGAGCCCCAGACCCCCUGCAGCACCACCAUGGCCUGCAGGACUCCAUCCUCAACCCCAUGUCGGCCAACCUCGUGGACCUGGGCUCCUAGAGCUCUGCCGCCUCCGCGCGUCGGCCGGCCUUCCGGGCUCGGCGCUGAGGACCUGAGAGAGGCGGUGAGGGAGGGCGCCCCGCGCCGGCGACCCCAUCAGGUAUUGAAAGACCGGCGCGCAGGGCGGGUAGAACCUGCGGCCAGGCCCAGGUGAAGCGGACUGCGCUGGGUUCUGGUUCGGAAUUUAUUUCCAACACCUAGCUUUUGAGAUCCUUUGGGGGCCGGUCUUCAAACAGAGAAAGGAAUAAAUUAUACACCAUUCUUUCUCUCUUCUCCUCCUCUUACCCCUCCUCCUCCAACUCCUCCUCACUUUAUUUUUCUCCUUCUAGAUUUCUGCAUUUCUGGUUUGUGCUCUCUCAUGUCCUGCGAUCUCUUGCGCUCUAUGCCGCCUCUUAAUCUGUACCCUCAGACUUUCUGCCCCUCUUAGCCCUUACUUACUCUCCCGUGUCCGGGAGGAAGAAAGGAGUCAGGGCCUUUGACCCUAGGCCUCUCCAAAGGCUCUCCCCGAAGGCUCCACCCCGUCAGUGGGCGCUGCAGGUGUCAGCUUUUUGCCUCCUAAUUUAAGUGAAAGGAAGGGGCGACGUCCUGCAGUCGCAGUCCCCAAAGGCCCAGGCCCGGCCCGCUGGCCUCCGCCUCUGGCCCCGGUUGAGGCCCCACCGCGCUGCGCUCUCCUCGAUACCUGGACUGUGGCCGCCGCGCUCCGGGCAGAGCGUGCCUCCCGAGCCGCGGACGUGCCGUUUCCCUGUCGUGCCCUCUUGUGAAUGUUCUUCGGGAAAUAUUUCUGCUUUUAUUUUAUAAUAAAAUUAGAAAUCAUAAAUAUAUAUAUGGAUAUACGCCACGAGGCCUGCAGGCCGGGGAUGCAGCAGUGUGUGAUUUCCCCACGGGAACUGGGCAGCCCGGGUGGACCGUUCUGAGCAGCGACGCUCUGGUGAGUCCCCGAAAGCCGC